GUGCAGCCGCUCAAGAUAGUCAAGUCUAACUCGACUGCUUCGUCGAUUGGCUCGCCCACCAAGAUGUCACGUCCACUAUCAGAAAUCGGCUCGACAGAGCGGAGGAGGAAUUCACCCAGUUACAACCAGGCCACCAAGAUGGUCACCAGCAAGGAUUCGUCGCCCUUUGAUUCAUCACCACUGCAGCAACAGCGCUCGCCGCGCAUGUUCUGGGAGGACCGCGCUUCGCCCUCGCGCUUUGGUUCUGAAAACAGUCCCGAGCGUCCCGAGCGCUCUGCCUCUCCUACUGGAACCUCCUCACACCGUCGCUCAUCCAUUGAGAACCUCAANAAGGCGUCACGUGUAAAGAACAGCACCAUGUAUGCCCGCGAAACAAAGCACAAUUACGAUCCUUCAAGCUCUCCCGUCAUUGAGCGUCCUCUGAGCAACCGCGGCUGGGGCGGCAACUUUCAAAACAACGUAUUCACACGCUUCGACAGUCUCCGCAAGGAAAACAGCCCUCUCAAAUCUCCCACCGAGGGAGAUCUCACUCCNUCCAAAAUUCCAGGUCCAUCAACGGGCCCCUCUGCUGUUGCAUCAUCCAAUCCCAAUUCUCCCCACCGCGAGACACCUUCGCCAACCAAGUCUUCUCUCACAUACAACAGCCGGUUUGCCGCGUCUUUCGAGUCUGAUCAAAGUCACUGGCCAGAGGACCAAGAUGAUGCUAGAGUCGCUACUCCUCGUGCACAGCCACGUCAUGCAAAAAGUGUCACAUUCGAGACGGCACCUCCUGAGAUCAACGAAUACGAACAGCAAACACCAGAACCAUCUUCCAUCGCCUCGGGUUCACGAGAGGGCAGCUACGAUUCCGAUGACUAUGAAGAUAACAGCUUCGAACGUGACUCUUCUAUCGACGAAGACAGUUUUGAUGCCUCACUCGAGGACACGGACAAGACUCCAGUGGUUCUUCCCGAAGAUUGGAGACAUAUGAGCCCUGAUGUUGCUCGUAGCCAUCUUGUCAAUGACUAUGACGACGUUUUUGAUGAUGAUGAUGAUGAUGAUGAUGAUGAACACACAAAGAGACAAGCUUUGAAUUCGACCAACGAGCAACUUCCAUCCUCUAGUCGCUCCGAAUCUGCCAAUUCGGAUGCCGAAGCAAGACCUCUGCCUCCACUUCCUGGAGUACCCUCUUUUAGGAGAGAGCGUGUAGACUCUGGCGGUCUUGCUGCUGCAGCAGAACGCGCAAGCAGUAUUCAGCGUUCCCUGCCUUCUCCACCCCGUCCUGCUUCAGUCUCAAAGGAUGAGAUUCUUCGUAUGAGGGAGGCCAACAUGUCCAUGGAAGACAGAAUGAAUCUCCUCAAAUUGCAAACUUCUCUGGCUGACGUGCAAAAGUCACAAGACACAGAGGAACACGCUGAAGAAGACGUCAAGUCUACCCACGAAGAUGCUGCCGCGACUUCAGAACAGUCAGAUGUCGAAGACGAUGAUUUGGCCGGCUUUGAUUUUGCACCAAGCAUCUCGCGCGAAUCCAUCUUGCGUAAUGUCAAGUCACAAAAGUAUGACCAAUUCGAUGCCGACUUGCAAGAGGAAUCCAUGGUUUCAUUCGCCGACAGAGACUACCGCGAACUCGCCAAUCUCGAUCCUGACGUUCCCAUCCCCUCUCGCGAGACGUCAACGCAAUUUGACGCCGGAAUCGGUGCUGAAAUCAAGGAAGAGGCUGAAAAUAGCUACCUUGACCUCAGUGCUGUUCCGUCAUUCCAUACUGAACUCGAUGAAACCAGAGCAGAUGAAUACGACAGACAGUCUGUUAUUCACCAUGCUGACUAUGACGAAGGCUCCCAAGUUGAGGACGACGAAAGUCGCUACUCAUCCCCCAUGUCUGUUUUGGUCAAUGAACAACCAGAAGAGCCUCACCACAUGCCUUGUCAAGAUGAUCAGGAAUCACCCCUGGAAGACGAAGCAUUUGCGACUCCGCUUGGCAACCCACAAUCCACAGAUGAGUCGAGUAGUAUGGGUCUNCCCCUAAGCUUCUUGGGUAACGAUGACUUUGACUUUGGUCUAAAGGACUACAUCACUCCUACACCACCGUCCUCAUCCGGCACACUGGAGGAAAACAAAAAGUCUGUACUCGAACCGCCCGUGGUGUUGCAGCCUAGCUUCACCACAGAAGCCCAAUAUGGACGAGAGAGCUCAGUCGAGUCCGAUCAUACCAUUGGACAUGAAUCAUUCGGUUCUGUCAUCCAUGGCUCAAUGAUUGACAUGUCUCCUCCUCCAGAAGAAACACCCAUCAUUCCUGAGCGCAAAGCCACCAUCAAGACUCAGGGAAAGCUCAAGGCUCGACCCUCUGGAACACCUGCCGAUCUAGAAGCUAUGAGAGCUCAACGUCGUCAUGUGAGCCAAGAAAUACCUCCGAUUCCUGACCAGUAUCGCUCCGAGACGUCGGCUCAAGCAGAUAAGGAGAUCUCUUCUGACGAAGAAGAAGACGAAGAAUCGCACAGCUCGGAGUCAUUCUCUGAGCCAGAAAAGGCCGGUCAAGGAUCCCAACAGCUCGCGACAAAUGACGAGCACGGCAUUGAAAGGUCCCUUGGGAGCCAUGCAAGUCUUGANAAAAAUGGUCAGCACGAAGAUGAAGCUACAUCAGACAUUCUCCCCGAACAGCGUCGACAAAGCCGCAAGAUGAAACUCGACCUUGACUUCAAGCUUGAUUCUUUCGACGACGACGACGACGACAUGGGUCUCGGAAUGGAUGCAGAGUUUGACCGUGUGAUUGAGUCUCAAAAGGGUUAUCUCAUGCGUCAAAACACCAAGGUCAUUGUCGCUAGCAACAGGAAUUUCAGUGACGAGAGCCAACGUCCGCUCUCUCCCAAUGGCCAGGCCAACCCCUCAACUACCGGCAAGAGCAAACGCACCCCACGCAAGUCGAGCGCUGGCGAGAAGUACUUGACGACUGAGCCUUGGAAUGGCAAGACUAGACGUAAAAGUUCCAGGAGAUCCUCUGGCAGGAAAUCCAACAUUGGCGGGCCGGCCCCUCCCUUGCCUGGUCAUGAAAGCUCUCUCGGCAAGGUCGAUGAAUAUCUCACUACUGAUGAGACGAAUGAUGGUGAGGAGAGAGGACGACUUUUUGUAAAAGUUGUUGGUGUAAAGGAACUCGACCUGCCGCUGCCACGCAACGAUCGUCUCUUCUUCCAACUUACCUUGGACAAUGGCUUGCAUUGCGUGACUACUGCUGAUCUUCAGCUUGGAACAGCCGCCGCAAUUGGCCAGGAGUUCGAGCUCGUUGUUCUUCAGGACCUCGAAUUCCAACUGACUCUGACUACAAAGCUACCAGCCCCUGCACCCAAGCCCCAAAUGUCGAUUCCUGUUCCAGUAUCUCCCACAAAGCCCAUCAAGUCGUCAACAUCAAGAUUCUCUCGCCUCCUCACAUCUCCCAAGAAGAGAGCGGAGCGUGAGAGAAAGGAGAGAGAAGAGGCUGCCGAAAUUGAACGUCGUCAGCAAGAAGAGAUGCAACGCAAGCGCGCCUCUGUCAAGCCCACAUCUUGGGAUAUGCUGCGCGAAGUCGUUGAUGCCAAAUCUGGUUCAUUCGCUCGCGCCUAUGUAUCUCUAAAGUCUCACGAGCCUCAGUGUUUCGGACGACAGCUCACCGUCGACGUGCCUUGCUUCAACGAGUGGGCAAUCGAAAAGGAUGCCGAUGUUGUCAGCAGUGUGCGCAGCAAGCGCAACAAUGGCAAUCCUGGCUUUGGUAGCAGAGAUGGUACCAUCAGACGUCCACCUUACGCAGUGGGCAAGCUUGAGUUGCAGCUCAUGUACAUUCCAAAGCCCAAGGGUGCUGGUGACGAGCACAUGCCCAAGAGCAUGAGUUCAGCUGUCAGAGAAAUGAAGGCGGCCGAACAAGUCAAAGAGUCCUCGUGGGAAGGUUGCUUGAGUCAGCAAGGCGGCGACUGUCCGUACUGGCGCCGUCGCUUCUUCCGUCUUCAGGGCACAAAGCUCACAGCUUAUCACGAGCACACUCGUCAGCCUAGAGCGACUAUCAAUCUCUCAAAGGCUACAAGGGUGAUUGACGAUCAAAAAUCACUUGUCGCGGAUCCUACAUCAGGCCACCCGACCAAGGGAAGACGUAAGUCUGCCUUUGCCGAAGAAGAUGAUGGCUACCAGUUCGUCGAGGAAGGUUUCAGAAUGAGAUUUGCCAAUGGCGAAACCAUCGACUUCUACGCAGACACCGCCGCAGACAAGGACGCCUGGAUGAAGGCACUUGGCUCAUGCAUUGGCAAGCCUUCAACAAGCAGCACAGCCAAAUGGACUGAUGUGGUGUUGACCAAGGAACGAUCAGAUGGCAAAGCAAUCAAGACACAACAGAACUCGGAAGAUUCCAGUCGAUCGGGGCCAGAUGCUGGUGACACCAAAGCCGGGGCACCCAAGCUCAAGCGAACAAUGUCACAACAAGAUUCUGUGCGCGGUGAGACUCCACCCACCAGCAGUCCACGCCCUGGGCACCGUGACAGGCAUCAGGUCAAGAGCAUGAUCUUCUAG